AUGUCAGAGGUUGCGAAUGGCAUCGGUCGGCAUAUCAUAACAUUGACCGCUCAUGAAUCCAUUAUGCAGAUGAAGUGGAAAGUGGUCAACCUGCAUUCCUACACGAUCGCCAUCAUAACCAUUAAACUAUCGAUCCUGGCUCUCUUGGCCCGAAUCUUCAGCACAGCUCCACGUAGCUUCCACAUCGGCAUUUGGAUGCUAAUUGAGUGGAUGAUUCUGUGGGCGGCUGCCCUGGUAUUGGCCUACUGCGUCCAGUGCCGACCCUUUGCCAGCCAGUGGGAUCCCCGCAACUACUGCCACUCCCGCCUCAAGCUCGAAUACUCAGCCAGUAUCCUGAAUGCCGUCCACGAUGUGCUGACAUUCUGCCUGCCUCAGCGGAUCAUCUGGAAUUUGCAUCUAGCCGCCCGCAAGAGAUUGGCUGUCAGCAUGGCCUUCUUUAUUGGAUUUGUGGCACUCCUGAAGAUCGCGUACAUUCAGGGUGCGCCCGGUACGAGUCACAAGUCAGAUACCUAUGCGAUUGCUCCAGCGCUGAUCAACGCCCUGGAGCCCCUUCUAGCAUCGAUCUGCUCUUGUCUGCCCGCCAUUCCGUACUUCUUCUGCCACGUUCGUUUGGACGGCUUCUACCAACUCUCAAGCUUCUUCCGCUCCACAAGGCGUUUGCACGGUUCAAGGCAUUUCGCCAUCAAAAAUAGCAGCGCCAGCCCGCGUUACCCUCCCUCCAAGGGCUUGUCAAGGGAGUCGACCACAGAACUAGCGCAAGCGGUCACUAGAGGUGGUUUAGCUGAAAAGCAGCGAGGCCGGGCAAGCGGCUCCUGGCAGGGAUUGUUGGAGAUUACGGCUUAUGCUGUUUUGACCAUGGCCGCGGUGUCCAACAGUGCAGUUAGAAGCGUUGCCGUGGAGGAGUUGCGCAGAGGCAUUGUCUACGGGCGCGCUUUUCUCGAAGUCAAACUACACAAAUUGGGGAAGGAACAACCUGUCUGGGUCGAGAAGGUGCUAUUCCACUCUCCCUUGCUAUGCAGUGGUUUCUGCAUUGCCGCUCUGCAAGCCCCGAGCUUUACUGCGGAGGUUCCCAUCCGCCAGCCGCGUACAGUGGUGGUGAAUGUGCCCACCACGACCCUAGAGAAAUUCCGCCAAUUCUAUUCCCUUCUUCCGCUUCUGGCGGGCGAGCCCACGUGGCAGCUCAGACUCUGCUUGAACGAAGCCGGCUUGUGGUACCCCGGACUGGCGGCACAGCGUCACUCCAUCUUCCCCCGUGAUGGCAUGAGCCCAGACGGAUACCUGGAGUACAUCCCACAAACCGUGGACGCCGUGCAACACCCGCAACAGACGCGCAAUGGAGCCAGACCUGAUGUGGGAGAGGACGAUGAUCUCCAUGCUGAACAACCAGGUCAACGAGUUUCUUGA